ACACACACACACACACACACACACACACACACGGAGCAGCUCGAGCCACAGUGGAGACGCUGCUGACGCUCAGCUCGCUCCACCAACAACACCAAGUCACGUUCUGUUCUUCUCUGGCGGAACCGGAGAGCGAAAGCCCUUUAGGAUUAUAUCUAUCGCGUAUGAUAUGUGGAGCUGAACGACCGGUCGUGACGGAGGAGGCGAGGGGAAAUAUUUUAAAAAAGAGCGAAAGGGAGAAAAGAAAAGGUGGUGUCCUCCCAUCAGAAACACACUGAGACCAGCUUGACAGCACAGGACGGAAGGAGGGAGCGAGAGAGAGAGAGAGAGAGAGAGAGAGAGAGAGAGAGAGAGAGAGUCGACAUCUGUGAAUCACAUCAAGACAGCUGUGGUUAGAGUGUACUGCAGUUAUUUUACGAACGAGAGGCAGAGAGGGGGACAGAAGUGGAGAGAAGGAGAGAGAAGGACAAAAGGAGAGGGGGCCUGGGUGAGUUUCCAAGCCCAGGACGGUGAACCCUGAUCGGGGGGUCUUUCAGGCGACAGUGGGGUUAGACCAGGCCCCUGGAGUUCCUUUGGAGAGAUGAGGACCUCUGAGAAGACAGUGUUUAGAAACAGGUGAAAAUCAAAUGAAUCCUGACUCCCUGACUCUAAUGGAUUACAACAUGGAUUGACCUUUUCUUCUUCUCAUCUGAAGGGAUAUUUUCGUUUUUUAUGUGGACGUUUUUCUGUGUGGAAAUGUGUCUAUUUUUUCUAAAUGAAUUUGGAGUUUCAAGUCUUUCUGGUGUGGAUUUUAAGGAGGCUGUUUAGUUGACUCUGUGGAUCUGAAACUGCCCCAUUCAUCUGAAGGGAUCUAAACAAUAACUGUUUUGGCCUUGGAUUUCUUUCACAUAUCAUCUUUUGCUGGAGUUUUGUGUUUUUUUCCAAUGUGUUUUUUUCAUGCAGUAAUUGAGACUGCUUUGUAACCUUGGUAACCAAGCGGUAACCAAGCGUCAACUGAGCGGUAACCAUGGCAGCAGCCUAUCGAGUGGUAGUGAGCAGUGUUAGUUGCUACAGCAGCGUGGUGGUGGACCGUCGGGCUCAGAGUCACGCGGUGCACUACUGCUCCGGGUCAUGUGGGGCGCUGUCCCAGGGACUGGACUGUACUGUGGUCCAUCGCAGCACCUGCUCCGAGCUGCUGACCGCCCCCUCACACACACACGUUCACACACAGCCCGACCCCUCACACACAUUCACACACAACCUGACCCGAAAUGCGAACUCUUCUCACCAAAUCCCCAACAGCUGUAAAUUUAGUAUCACCAGCUCUAUCGGGAGUUUUGGUGUUCCUAAUGAUCCUAACAGUGUGUAUGGUGUGGUGGGGGAGGACAGUCCUCCAUGGCGAGGUAAGAAGGCCAACACUACCACCACUACUACCAGCUCUGGUCCUGACCGGCCUCUCCAGAGCUCUGCCAGUCUGAAGGACAUCACAGGAGAAGCCAUCAACCUGGCCAGUGGCAAACUCAAAGAGUUCUCCUUCGAGAAGCUCCGCCUCUCCACCAGUCAUGUGACCUUCAGGAAAGGUCGCAAGGUCAGGCCGGACUCCUACAGCCGUCGGUCCACGGACCUCGACAUCGUCUACGGACACUUCACCGGGAACGUCGGAGGAACGGGGAAUGGGACUAUUACCGGAAAUGGAAAUGCCAAUGAUGAGAACCUGCCUCCUUUCAGCGACACCAUCAAAGUGCUCAAAGGCCUAUCGCCUGCUAGCAUCACCGCCGGGGCGGGUCUCUAUCCACAACCAGCCUAUCCAGUGUCUCCAGGGCCGGGGGCGGGUCCACCAGUAGCCUAUCCAGUGCCUGCUCUGGUUCCUUGGAGGCGGGGCUAAACACAGUGGCGUCUCUCUACCUCAGCUCAUUAGCCGACGAGUCCCUCAUCGCCCGGUUACUGGAGAAGACCCGUGCAGGGGAGGAGGGAGGAGUGGGAGGAGCCGGGGGGGAAGACAUACGGGCCUGUCUGGACAUUCUGGUCAAGUGUUCAGAGGACUUGAAGAAAUGUACUGACAUCAUCAAGCAGUGUAUCAGUCGGAAGAGUCCCGGGGGAGGAGAAGAUGGGGGAGCCAGUCCAGAGAGCAUCUACAGAGCUGUGAUGACCAGACUGAGCUCCUAUCUGAGGAAACUGCCUCUAGAGCUGGAGGGGGCUGGGUUAGGGUUAGGGUCAGGGGCUGGAGGUCAAGGGUCAGGGAUUGGAGGUAAUAGCGAGUUGGCCGAGCUGGUUAGUAGUCUCCAUAUGCUGCAGCAAGCUGCUGUCCCCUUCUCACCCAUAUUUGGGAAUGAUCAACCGCCACGGUAUGAGGACGUUGUUCAGAACCCUCCUUUACCCAAGAGCAGGGAUAUACUGCCACCCUCGUCACUCGCUCCAGACUCUUCUCUCUCUUUGUCCACUACGCCUGUGACAGCAGGGAGACAUAAGGUUCAGACCAACGGGCUGCAGCACACGCACACUCUGUCACACACACACUCUCCCUCACCGCACACACACACGUUGUCUAUUUCUACCCCUCCAUCCCAGGCACACACACCUUCAUCGCAAAUGCACACUCCGUCAGAGCGCACACACACUCCGUCCAUCUCCCCCAUGGAGGCUCUCUUCAUUGAGGAGGACGCAGACCUGGGAAGGGGGUUGAACAGGGCUUCCAGACACACACACUCACACACACCGACCAGAAGCCUCACACACACUCACAGUCGGAACGGGACAGCUUUUAGUCUACACACACCCCCCAGCUCCGCGCACACACACCUCAGCCCCAAUCUGUCACACGUACACGUUACACACACACUCCAGUCUGCUGGUGAAGACCUCACCUGCCCCCCAACCUCCGAACACACCCCUCCUGUCACUCAUAGAGACGACGACAUCGACAGGCUUCUGAUGGACUUGGAGUGUCUGUCGCAGAGCAUGGGUCGGGAGAGAGACCGAGUCAGAGAGGGAGAGAGAGAAAGAGAGGCGGAGCCCCCUCUCCCGAUUAAGACCAGACAGAGGGGGACAGGACAGGGGAACACCUCCCCACAAACCCAACCCUCUCUCCAGACACAAACCCAAAUCGACCCCCAGGCUCAAAGGCCUGUUCCUGUUAGACACCUAACCGCUAACGCCCAGGCCACUAGGUCGACCCCCAGCUCCCCUGCUCCUCUUCUCCAGGCAGAGGGCAGCGUGGAGGGGCUAGGAGAUGAGGAGGACAGGGCCCUGCUGCUGAGGAUCCUGGAGAGCAUUGAGAGCUUUGCCCAGGAGCUGGUGGACUCUGGGGGUAGUCCUGGGAACACUGGGAAGACUGGGGCUCAGAGCAAAGAGAAGGAGGUGAUGAGACUCCUACAGGACACUCUGGCUACUGCAGCCAAGACUGACACUCUGACGCAGGCCAAACUACCUGGAUCUCCACCCGCUGGGCAAGAUGGACCUGUAUCCACGCCUGCACCCAGACUUACAUCUGGUGCUGUAUCCACGCCUGCACCCAGACUUACAUCUGGUGCUGUAUCCACGCCUGCACCCAGACUUACAUCUGGUGCUGUAUCCACGCCUGCACCCAGACUUACAUCUGGUGCUGUAUCCACGCCUGCACCCAGACUUACAUCUGGUGCUGUAUCCACGCCUGCACCCAGACCUACAUCUGGUGCUGUAUCCACGCCUGCACCCAGACCUACAUCUGGUGCUGUAUCCACGCCUGCACCCAGACUUACAUCUGGUGCUGUAUCCACGCCUGCACCCAGACCUACAUCUGGUGCUGUAUCCACGCCUGCACCCAGACUUACAUCUGGUGCUGUAUCCACGCCUGCACCCAGACAUACAUCUGGUGCUGUAUCCACGCCUGCACCCAGACUUACAGCUGGAGC